GCGGAGUCAGGCCCUAAGCGGGGAGCCCCUUCCGCUGCCCGAGUGCCGGGCCCCGGAGACCCCGGCCGGGUUAGAGACAGUGGACUGGACGGAGAGAGACAGACAGAAACAUCGACCUGAGAAAGACACAUCACAUCGAUUGGUUGCCUCCUGCACAUGCCCCAAACAGGGCUGGGGAUCAAGCCUGCAACCGAGGAUCAGUUCAGCAUUCUCAUAGUUUUAUAAAGAUUCCUACCGAAACAUCAUCAACCUUGUUACCUCCUCAGCAUGCUGCACUAACACAGCAGAAUGAAAGGUGACAUAGCUGAUUCAACUGGAAAAAAGGCCAAGAAAUCAAGCUUAAACUAUAAGUCAGCUCACAGAACCAGCCUUUCUCAUGAUGCAUCAGUUAAACAAAAAACAAACAAACAAACAAAAACAACUAUCAAAAUUACUGUCAAGAAAAAGUAUGUACAGCCUGGCCAGUGUGGCUCAGCGGUUGAGCACCGACCCAGGAACCAAGAGGUUGCCAGUUCCGUUCCUGGUCAGGCCACAGGCCUGAGUUGCAGGCUCCAUCCUCAGCAGGUAACUUCUAAAGAACUGAACAAUAAAAUUCAUAACACAGUGACCUGGGUUGUAGCAGCAGUGACCAGUAUUCACAAGUGA